UCGUCUCGUUACGUCUCCCCUGUCAUAAUUCCAUAAGGACGUACUCAACAGAGAGUAAACGAGUCUCGUUUGCGCUUGGCUGUGAAUAGAUUCCUUUUCUUUGUGAUCCCGAUUGUCUCGUAGUUCCAUCCAAUCUGUCAUGGCGCCUUCCAGAAUAGCGCGGCUCCACUUCUGCGCUCGCGCGGUGCUCUCCCUAUUGGCGCUGGGAACGGUCUUCGCCUGGGUUCCCACAGGAUCGGGGGUACAUCAUCGCUGCCGAAACGGCAAAACGCCGAUACUAGGCAUGUCGGCCGGAAAGAACGACGGUGACGCGUCGCCGUCUUCCAAAGUACGUUUCCUCGGCAAGGGCGAACGAGCCAUUGUACGUCCAGGCGUCGUCCUACUGGCACCCACCAACGAAUACCACCACUACUACCGGCAAGCAGCUAUAUUUGUGCACGCCAUGGGAGAAGACGACGAUGACGUGUACGUGAUUCGGGGUGUGAUUCUGGAUCAGCCCACUCCGUUUACUUUGGGUGAAAUGAUGGAACACAAUCCAGCGCUGCAAAAGACUCCGCUGAAAGACAACUUGCUCUUUCGAGGAGGAGAUAAAGGUGGCGAUCAGGUGGUGUUGCUUCACAAUCAUGAGGAGAUCGGGCAGUCAUCGAUUGGUGUAUCGGGGGUGUUCCAGGGAGGCUUUGAUCAAGCCAUGGCGGCCUGCGAAAAGGGUCAUCGGCAAACCAGCGACUUUAAACUUUUCUUUAAUUACUGCGAAUUCACAGAACUCGAGAUGGAAGACCUGUUGGCAUCGGACGAAGACGGAGACGCCUGGAUAUCGGUGGAAGUUGACUCCGAUUUCGUAUUGAAUGAUGGGUGGGAACGCGGCGAUGCUUGGUCUCGACUACGGAAUGCGGUACAACAACAGCUUAAGCUUUGAAUCCGGUGACGACCAUUAACUUGUAAAAAUGCAAAAUAUCUA